AUAAAAGCCAACCAUGGCCGUCGGUCGAGCUGACGAGGUCGGGCGCUCUCCUUCCUCGCACCCAAGCGACGGCCAUCGCUCGCAACGGCUAUUAUUAGAACGGAAAUCAACCACGACGAGAUGUCGAGACUUUUGGUCGCCCUUGCGAUCUCUAUCGCAUUGCUCAUGGUCGACUCGGUCAUCGAGCUUUCCCUCAUCAGCAGCAUGGUCGGGUGGCUCCACCGCAGGGCCAGCCAGGGAUUUUCCUUCCGCUACGAAGGCUCGGUCUACCCCAUGCCUGGCGAGCCGCUCCACCUGAUGGUCGACCAGGGGCACACGAGCAACGGCGCCGCCGGGACGGCCUUCGUCAUCGUCGGGCUCGGCGGCAUCGUCGCUCUCUCGCUGAGGAACUGGUUUUACCACAGGAUCGGCGUGCUGGGGACCAUCGCACGCUCCCUAUACCGCGCCUGGGUCUUCGUCAACAUCCCGGCGUUCCUGCUGACGACCUUGGCGCUCGCCUACGUGUUCGCUGUCACUAACGCGCACGAGGAUCAGAUAAUCUACCUCUUUCCAGACCUCGGACUAUUCGAUGGGGAGCCGUAUCGUUUGUACUCCUGGACGCCGCAGAAUUGGUUCUCCGCGCUUUUGGAACUGGAUUUGGUCGAUUCGCGAGACGACAUACAGAGCCAUCUAUCCAUCAUGAGAGGUUGGCAGUACAACUUGAUCCCCAUGUUUAUCAUCCAGCUGGGUGUCACUUUGUUGGCAUUGUGGGAAUUUCACGACUGGCGAACCCGGAGGAGAACAUCGAGACAGGCGGAGAAGCCGUGAGAGAACGAUGUUGGGUGUUGGUACGGGGCCGACGCCGAUUCAGGACAGACUUUUCCAACUCAAGACUGCCCUCGCCCUUUCUUUUGUGCUCGUUUUCUCUGAUGAGGCAACCCUCCACAGAAAUUCCCCGAGUGGUAUAGCUUACUUUGUAUCCCAUCAAUAGUAUCUGGAGUGCGGGAUGUGAGUUAGCUCAAGGCUUGAGCGGUCAACCUUUCUUCAGAAUACUUAGUGAGAGAAUACAUACCUCCUCCUAAAGGUGAUUCGAAGGAACUGCCUUGACUCGAUUAGUCUCUUA